ACCGGUAUAAUCCGCUUCUAGCUUGUUUGGAAGCGUGGGCUCUUGGGAGCGGGACUUGUGCGCUUUGGAUCUCGUGCGAGGGGCUCGGGAAGGAGGACGGUCCGGCAGAGUGCUUUACCGGAGAGCCGGCGCCUCCGUCCGCUGGAGGGGCCCAUGGGGGCCGGCCCCGCGCUCCGGCCCCCUGUGAUUGGGGGGUCCCUAGCAAGAUAAAGACAGCAGGAUUGUUUUUAUUUGAUUUUUUUAAAAAAGCCAUCCGCAGUGAAGAAGAAUUGCCACGGGUCGUGGGGAGGAGAGGAAUGUUUACCCUUGCAGAAGUUGCUUCGCUUAAUGACAUUCAGCCAACUUACCGAAUCCUGAAACCAUGGUGGGACGUGUUUAUGGAUUACCUGGCUGUUGUUAUGUUGAUGGUAGCCAUCUUUGCAGGAACCAUGCAACUUACCAAAGAUCAGGUGGUCUGCUUGCCAGUAUUGCCAUCUCCUGUAAAUUCAAAGGUACACACACCACCAGGGAAUGCUGAGGUCACCACCGAAAUCUCCAAGACAGAUGUAGCCCCUCACCGAGAGCAAGAAGGGCAGAUGACAAGUGAUGUGUCCCUUGGCACACCUGCGGUGACCCCCGACGUACCUCUCAGAGCCUCGCAUCCUCACACAGAAGCCACAGCUCCAAGUCCUGAGGCAAAGAAAGAGAAGAGAGACCCAACGGGCCGAAAAACCAACUUAGAUUUUCAGCAAUAUGUAUUUAUUAAUCAGAUGUGUUACCAUCUGGCCCUCCCGUGGUAUUCUAAGUACUUCCCAUACCUGGCCCUCAUACACACCAUAAUCCUCAUGGUCAGUAGCAACUUUUGGUUCAAAUAUCCCAAAACGUGUUCCAAAGUAGAGCAUUUUGUAUCGAUCUUGGGGAAGUGCUUUGAAUCUCCUUGGACCACAAAAGCGUUAUCUGAGACGGCCUGUGAAGACUCAGAAGAGAACAAGCAGAGGAUAACAGGUGCCCAGACCCUACCGAAGCACGUGUCCACCAGCAGCGACGAGGGGAGCCCCAGUGCCAGCACCCCCAUGAUCAACAAAACCGGUUUCAAAUUCUCCGCUGAGAAGCCUGUUGUCGAAGUCCCCAGCAUGACCAUCCUGGAUAAAAAAGAUGGGGAGCAGGCCAAGGCCCUGUUUGAGAAAGUAAGGAAGUUCCGGGCUCACGUAGAGGACAGCGACUUGAUCUAUAAACUCUAUGUGGUCCAGACGGUUAUCAAAACUGCCAAGUUCAUUUUCAUUCUCUGCUACACAGCCAACUUUGUGAACGCCAUCAGCUUCGAGCACGUGUGCAAGCCAAAGGUCGAGCACCUGACUGGUUAUGAGGUAUUUGAGUGCACCCACAACAUGGCUUACAUGUUAAAAAAGCUUCUCAUCAGCUAUAUAUCCAUCAUCUGUGUGUAUGGUUUCAUCUGCCUCUACACUCUCUUCUGGCUCUUCAGGAUCCCUCUGAAGGAGUAUUCCUUCGAGAAAGUUCGAGAAGAGAGCAGCUUCAGUGACAUUCCUGAUGUCAAAAACGAUUUUGCCUUUCUUCUCCACAUGGUGGACCAGUACGACCAGCUGUACUCGAAGCGCUUCGGGGUGUUCCUCUCGGAAGUCAGUGAGAACAAACUGAGGGAAAUCAGUUUGAACCACGAGUGGACCUUUGAAAAACUCCGACAGCAUGUGUCCCGCAAUGCGCAGGACAAGCAGGAGCUGCAUCUGUUCAUGCUGUCGGGCGUGCCCGACGCCGUCUUUGACCUCACAGACCUGGAUGUGCUCAAGCUCGAACUGAUUCCCGAAGCUAAAAUUCCCGCCAAGAUUUCCCAGAUGACCAACCUCCAAGAGCUCCACCUCUGCCACUGCCCCGCGAAGGUGGAGCAGACGGCUUUCAGCUUUCUGCGCGAUCACUUGCGAUGCCUCCAUGUGAAGUUCACCGACGUGGCUGAAAUUCCCGCCUGGGUGUAUUUGCUCAAAAACCUUCGCGAGUUGUACUUGAUAGGCAAUUUGAACUCCGAAAACAAUAAGAUGAUUGGACUCGAAUCUCUUCGGGAAUUACGGCACCUUAAAAUCCUCCACGUGAAGAGUAAUUUGACCAAAGUCCCCUCCAACAUCACGGAUGUGGCACCACAUCUGACCAAGCUAGUCAUUCAUAAUGACGGCACGAAGCUCUUGGUACUGAACAGCCUUAAGAAAAUGAUGAAUGUCGCCGAGCUGGAGCUCCAGAACUGCGAGCUAGAGAGAAUCCCCCACGCCAUCUUCAGCCUCUCUAAUUUACAGGAGCUGGACUUAAAGUCGAAUAACAUACGCACAAUCGAGGAGAUCAUCAGUUUCCAGCACUUGAAACGACUGACUUGUUUAAAGUUGUGGCAUAAUAAAAUUGCCACCAUCCCUCCCUCCAUCAUCCACGUCAAAAACCUGGAGUCACUUUAUUUCUCUAACAACAAGCUCGAGUCCUUACCGGUGGCAGUGUUUAGUUUACAGAAACUCAGAUGCUUAGAUGUCAGCUACAACAACAUUUCCAUGAUUCCCAUAGAAAUAGGAUUGCUUCAGAACCUGCAGCAUUUGCAUAUCACUGGCAAUAAAGUAGACGUGCUGCCAAAGCAAUUGUUCAAAUGCGUGAAGUUGAGGACUUUGAAUCUGGGACAAAACUGCAUCACCUCUCUCCCUGAGAAAAUCGGUCAGCUCUCCCAGCUCACCCAGCUGGAGCUCAAGGGGAACUGUUUGGACCGCCUGCCAGCCCAGCUGGGUCAGUGUCGGCUGCUCAAGAAAAGCGGGCUUGUUGUGGAAGACCACCUUUUUGACACGCUGCCACCGGAAGUCAAAGAAGCAUUGAAUCAAGACAUCAGUGUGCCCUUUGCAAAUGGGAUUUGAACAGGGCCGGUGACACGCGCACGCACAGCAACAGCUUCCUGGAUUGCAGUUGUUCACCUACCACUUACUGCGAGAUGAGAAGUUUUAAGCGUAGAUCCAUCAUUUCAGACCAAACACAGAGAGGAGGCGUAGAAGGGCCGGUAGUAGAAGACAUCACUGAAUGUUCAAUGUCCAUAGUGUUUUCAGUCAUUCAUUUCCAAAUCUUGUUCUUUUUUUUUUUUCUUUUUUUUUUCUUUUUUUUUGUCUUCUGGGGCCAGGGAAGGAAAAAUUAUAAUCACUAAUCUUGGUUCUUUUUUAAAUUGUUUGUAACUUGGAUGCUGCCGCUACUGAAUGUUUACAAAUUGCUUGCCUGCUAAAAAGUAAAUGAUUAAAUUGACUUUUUCUUAUUCCACUACCUUU